GUUUUUUUUUUAAAAAAAAAAAAAAAAAAAAAAAAAGUAAAGUUGAGAGGAUUAUGUUAUGGUAUUGUGAGCUUCAAUACAAUCCACUUUGUGUUAAUUCACAAAGUUUGAGUAAAACGGCGAAACACUUGUUGAUGUGUUUUAGUAGUUGUAGAUAAUUUUGUCCCUGUGGGGUACUUGCAUGUGCAGCACAGCUGCAAUCGGCUACUUGUUAGCAGCCACCAGACAGCAACAGAUCACAUAAGGAGCAUGUAUUUGAAAAGUAUGAUUAUAAAUCUAAAAUGCCAGUAUAUCAGCGUAGGUGUUCCUGCAAUUUCUACUUUUAUUUCUGGAAAAUAUACCAAUUUCAUUACUCGCAUACAAAUACAAAAUUAGCUUAAACGGUGAUAAAAUAUGGUUUCAUAUUCUUGAACUUUUAUUCUUUGGUCUAAACGCCUCCUUUAAAAUGGACCGCAUCAUAAACUCACAUUUCUAAAUCCAAAUGUUAGUCGAUGAAUUUAAUUUAUCUUCCAUCAGAAGAUGUACCUGAUGGUAAAUCCAGGUGGUGCACUUCAGGCGAGCUAUUCAUCACCCAUUAAUCAUGGCUCUUUGCCUUCACAUGCAACGUCUCUUCCCUGUCUGCAGACAGCAGAAAAAAAUAUGUGUGUGAAGUUUUGCGUUGAGCAAGUAUUGACGAUUCCUUUUGUACUGAUGCAACUGGAUCACUUUCUCUUCCACAGAAUAACUAAAUUAAUGUAUUAUUUUACAGCAAAUGUGACUUCUAUAAACUCGUGGGUGUUACUCUAAGGUUGUAACUUAUUCUAUUUAUAAAAUGAUCAGGGUCAGCUGGCCCGCCGGUUAAAUUCUGAUAGGCUGUGACAUGUUUCCUCAACUAACAGGAAACAAUCAGUCAGUCUUGACUGAGUACUUAUUGGCAGUAUUGAUGCCCUGAUAAAUGACUCAUUAGUACUAUCAUUUGCAAACUGACACCUUGCAGCCAGUACAUUAGUAGCUAAUGAAUUAAAUUUUAAGCACAUGUACAUGUGAGCUUACACUUCGCAAGGUUAAUGCUUUUUUCGUGCUCUGAUGGUUUCAUUUUGUAGGCAGAAUAAGAAGCUGUGUGGAAAAAAAAAUAUUUUUUUGAAAUUCUACAAAGCUUAAAAUUCCAACCUGGGAGUUCAACCUUGAUUCAAGGUAUAUUUGGAGAGGGAUUUAUUAUCAGAUCCUAGACUCAAUACUGUAAUUUAUAAUUGCUGAGUCAAAUUUUAGAAAGUUUUUUUUUCCUGUAUCAAUUUCUGCUCUUGUCCUUGAAUAUCCCUUUCAGGAAGGAUGUGUCAUAUUUCCGAACACCUAUAGCCUCUGCAUUCAAUCUGUUCACUUAAUUUAAUAGGUGACGGGUUACAAAGUCGAAUCAAGGGGGAAAUAAGAAACUAAGUUCAGGAGAAGACAGAAGUGGAGGGCACUUUAUUUAUUUACACAAGAUUGGCAUCUCCUAGGCAUGGCUUCACAAUAAUGAACCGUCUUAAUAUGGAGAAUCUGACAGAGCCCAUCACAAAAGACUUGGACUUCCAGCUGCAGGACCCUUUCCUUCUUUACCGUAAUGCACGAUUGGUUAUUCACGGGAUCUGGUUCUACGAUAAGCAGGACUGUCAGCGAAUUGCACAAAGGAUGAGGAUUUUGACCCAGCAGGAGCAGAUCCUCGCUCAGUCUCAGGGUGGUUCCAUAUCCCCUAGAGCAGCAGCAGGAGGUGGAGGUGGAGGUGGCUUAGCCGGAGGAAAUAAUGAGGCGAAAGCGGUCGACAUCAUCCAGAUGUUGACCAAGGCACGAACAGAGUAUGAUAAGUCUGCCUCAGAGCCAAAGGAGAUUGGGGGCAGCAGUGUACUGUGUGGAAAUCCUAAUCUGAUCAAACCAAUACCAGUUAAACCAAACACUCAGGUCAAUGAAGGAGCAGACACCACCACGGUUGUGGCCUUAACCACCCUGUUAGGCUGCCAGCAUCAGCACCACCACCCUCUUAAAUCUGACCCGGUUCCUCCUCUGGCUGCUUCCACGGCAGCAGGAAAGGCCGCCCGCCCACCCGUCGCCCGCACGCUGACCUACGAGGAUUCACUCAACUCUGGCAGAAACGUCUCCCCCUCCAGAGGUGGAGACACAGCAUUCGGGCCGGCGGAUAGGGAAGAGAGCGGGAGCCAACUGCCGAACCAACUUCAGCACUGUCCGGCCAUCGCAAAGCUCAUGCAGGGACAGAGGGGGGCGGCAGGAACUGGGGGCGUGCUUCAGACACUGUCCGAGUCCCCAGAGAACCGGCUGUGUGACAACGGGGUGCCGCUGGAACACCACCACCACCACCACCAUCAUCAGCACCCCCACCUCCUCCAUCACCACCACCAGCAGCAGCAGCAGCAGCAGCACGACCCAAUAAAGCGGCUCCUGCAAAACCAUCCACCCCCUCUGCUCGCCACUUCUUUCACUGCCACGGCUCCUCCAGCGCUGCAGAAGAACCAGUAUCCCACCUCCCAGCCUGGCCAGCUGGAUUCUGUGUCACGUUCCCACCUCGAAGCACAACAAGGUCAGCAGCUCCUCCUCGGCCUGACCAAGUUACAGGCAGAGAUGCAGAAGAGAGGGCCGACGGAUUCUGCUGCCAUGGGAACAGGUCUGACCUCCCAGAUGCAGGGUGUUGUUUCUCCUCAUGAGCUCCUGCAGAAACUCCAGCUGGUCCAGCAAGAACAGAGCUCGACUUCCCACGAGCAUCCCCGACUCCAUCCGCAUCCAGGACUGGCACCUCGGUUCCUGUGGCCCAGUGCGAGUCAAAGCCAAGGCUCCUCUUUAGGCACAGGCCCGACCCCGACCACAGUUGCCCCAGAUCAAAAAUCUGAGCUGCAGUUUCAGAUCAUUUCCCCACAGCGGAUACCUGCCACAGUGGCCCCCACCCUGCUCCUCUCUCCCAGUGUGUUCACUCAGACAAAGUCCAGCAGCAGGCUACCGGUGGCUGCUCCAGAAAGCAACUCUGUACCCUCAACCUUAUGCAAACCCUCACUGCAGGAGGAGGUCGGAGCUCUUUCUAGAAGCCAGCUUCAAGAAGCACUGCUACAUCUGAUUCAGACUGACAGCUCAUUCCUGGACUCCAUCUACAAAGCAUACGUCAGCCGCUUCGCUAACGGCUCCGGCAGCAAGUACUGAUGACUCUUUACACCCGCUGUCUGCCUGCACACACUUCCUGUUCAAGGGCUGAAUCUGAUAUUCAGUGAACCACUUCCUCCAAAUCUCACUUAUUGUAUUUAAUCUCAGCAAUCCAACUCACUUAGACCAAUCUUUUAAAAGAUAAAUACAGGUAUAGAAAUGCAAAAUAUGUUUGCUUUUAGCAGUGAAAUCCACUUUUUUAACUCUAAAUUACAAAUGUUAGCUACAUUAUAUUGACAAUAAUAACACACUGCUCCUUAACGGCUUUUAAAAGAUGAUAACUAUAAAUGAUAUUCUCCACAAUUUAUUCAGGUUUUGCAUAACAAUACAACGCUCUUUUAGCAAAUGUCAUUAUCGACCAACAGGCUUGAAACGUGGACUUUGAUUUGGUUUUCUUUAUAGAAUCCAAUUGCAGCAAAUAUGUCAACUAACGUUAUAAAAAAAAAUUUGAUUAAAUUCGGCAUGUGACAUUUCAACGGUUGUUUUUUGUACGUUUUUUUCCCAAUUGAGUUCAGGCUUGUAGCUCACAACCGUUCCUUUCAAAUGCUUGGAACUGAAAAAUAAUUAUAAAAAUGUGAAAGAAAUAAUAAGCCCAGAAUGCAGCAAAAUAUUGUCCUUGGAUUGCUAAACCUGGACAAGGACUAAAAAUCCAUCUACAGCAUCUACCCAAGAAAAAAGUGUUGGCAACAAAGUCUCCUUGUUUGCAUUAUUGAGCUAUGCAGUGGCCGUAAAAGACUCACUUGUGCAAAUCUGUGUUUUGGGGAUUUAAACUGAAUAACGGUAAUCAAACCUCAAAUAUUAGUUUAAGGUCACGGCCUGUUAUUCAAGCCCUAUAUGUACAUCUGCAGUUUUUUCCUACAACAACAUGGAAUUUGGCUUUAAAAAGUCACUUCAAGUUAAGGUUAUUCAUUUGGAGGUAAACAGGAAGUUUAAAUUGACACAAUCAGUCAUUUUUCUUGGACACAGAGAAAAGAAAAUGGUUUUAAAAAAAAGCUAAUUAAACAUGGAGGACAGUUGUUUGAAUAGUGCUCAUUACUGAAAUUCAAUAUGUGGAUGUUCACGGCUCUUUAUGACAACAGUAGUUCUGUCUUUGUCCUAAACAUCCUAUUUUUUAUGAGGGGGGAAAAAUUAUGAUCUUACUGCAGCUUGAAUAAACUCACAAGCUUCAUAGAAGUCACAACCUGCACUACCUCACAGUUUGGAGCUACAAUUAGAUUUUUAUCAAAUAGCAGCUUUAAGGGUAAUAAUAACAACAACAAAAAAACUUUAUGUUGAACCUUUCAAGAUGAGAAUCACAAAGUACUUCACGACAAGAAAAAAAAAAUGCAAACAUGAAAAACGGGAGCAGAUAGAAAAAUAAAAUUUUAGUUUUUAAACAUUUACUCAUAACAGCAAUGUUUUAGCAUGCUGAAAUGCUCAGGUUGUUGCCACAUAGUGAGCUGCAUAAAACGGGCAACAAAAAAUAUGACUAUGUCAAUAUAAGAUUUGCACAGUUUAACAUUUUCUUCACUUCUUACUUGUGCAGUUUGAUUGAAAUGAUCUGUAUUGUCUCAGUAAAACCUCACUUAAAUGAGAGAAAUGAUUUAAAACGCAACAGGGAAAGUUUAAGCAUGCCCUGUCCGUCCACUUUCUGCUUGGUUAUACUUGGUUAGAAAUUCUUACCUUGGCAAGGAUCGGUGUGCGUUUAGCUUUUGCUGUAACGUUGUACACAGCUGGUCUAUAUUGUAGCAGUCAGACAAAAACAGCAGAUGUUUUUAUUAAAAUAAGACAUUAUUUUUGUAUUCCAGAAGGACAACAUGUAGCUUUCACCACACCAGGAAAAGGAAUGCUGCAUUUAAUUUCAAAGAUCUGUUUAUAUUUUAAUUGAAAGAUUGUUUUUUUUAUUUAAAGAAAUAGAUAAGAAUUGUUUCUACUUGUUUUUUUUCUUUUCUAAAAGAUAUUUUGUUAAUUGACUAAUAAAUGUUCUACCCCAUG